ACUCGUUUCGUCGUACGUGAGAUCGUGCGAUAGGCGCUUAUCAUCGAGGAGUGUCGAGGAUUUUUUUUCCUGGCGAUUAUAUUAUCAAACGACGCAGGAGCGAAAGCACUCGUGCGAAGACGGGGGGGAGGAACGCGAAAAAACGUGCCCAUCGGCCCAUGUCGAUUGAUUGACGUGGGAGGCGAUCCUCGCAACCUGAUAUGCCGCGAUUAAUGUGACUAACGAAUCGAAGAUGGAAUAUUUCGUCAGGGCGCGACAACCCCUGUGACUGCUUGCGACACGUAUGUACAACGCGAUAACGUUAUCCGAGCCCCAGUCUGACAUGAGAUUCAAUGAUAAAGAGCUCGCAGAAGCGAGCUUUGGACCCGCGGACCUGGAGGGACGUCUAAACCACAAACGAGCCCAUAAGUCAGUAUUCAAAGAGAAAUGGUUCAAGCUACGGUACAAUCUACUAUUUUACUUCAAUAUCAAUGACUUGGGACAUAUCGAUAGGAGGCAACCUGCUGGGGUCAUCAUUUUAGAAAAUUACAACAUUAAUAUAGAUAAUUCGUCAGAGGGAGCAUUUGCGUUCAGCAUCUCGUUUCGUGAUGAGCCAGAGAAGCGGCAUAUAUUGAGUGGUCGAUCAGAGUCUCAAGUGGAACAGUGGGUAAAUGCACUUAAACAAGCAAGCUAUGAACACUGGAGAUCUCGCCUGAUCAUGCUUCAAGAAAGAUUGUGUAAAAAGACAGGGAAGGACCCGCUACUCAUGUAUCCCAGAAAUCAGGGUGUAGUGCGAGAUGAAGCUUGGGAACCUGCUACCAGUUUCAGAUCUCAUGUACGUUCGUUCACAACGUCGGUCGCGCCUACAUUGAAUACAAUAACGAGGGAAGUUAAUCUGAUAGAUCUUUAAUACAGAGGAAUAAUUUUAGACAAAUUAAAAUUAAUUUUUUUAAUUAUAAAAAAAUUACAUCACCAAAUUUAUAUUUUGGAGAAAUAUGCAUAUAUAUAUAUAUAUUGUCGAACGAAAGAAAGUUUGCGCAAAACUGCCAUAAGCAAGCGAGAUUUUAAGAUGCAAGUUCAAUAAGUAUGUACAAGCUUUAAUAAUUUAUAUCUUAUAAUAAUGUAACAUAAUAUACUGCAUAAAAUCUAUAUCACGUGCAAGACAGAAUGUAAAGGAAAAUAGAAUUAUUGCAGUCAGAUAAAGUAAUUAAUUUCAUAUAAUAGUAAUUUUAUUUGAUAUA